GAUUGUUAAAUAAAUCCCGAAGGAUAAACUACUGAAAAUGGCAAAAAUUCAGGAUCUAAAGAUUGAGGAACUCAAGCAGGAGUUGGAGAAACGAAAUUUAGCAACCUCCGGAAGAAAAGUGGAGUUGCUAUCACGGUUGCGAGAGGCUAUGGAAAAGGAAGGCAUCGACGUUGACAAACACGACUUCCAUCGUAGGGACGACGAGGCAUCCUUGAAGGACAAAGACAAGGAAGAGGUUGCUGGUUCAUCGAAUGAUGUGGAGCAGACAUCAGCGAAGCUUGAAGAGCAGGGAAAGGCUCCUUGUGCAUCAACGGCUAUAGACAUGAACAUGUUAUUGGGUGCCAUAUCACAGAUUUCAUCCCAGCUGCAAGUGCAGGAAACACGCAUGUCAUCGCAGCUGGAAGCACAGAAAACGUACAUGUCAUCGCAGCUAGAUGAAAAGAUUACUCAGCUACAAGAGAAUUUAUUUAAAGAUAACGCGGAACUCAGAGAGAGACAGGAUAAAAUCGAGGAACGACAAGAUAAAAUCGAAGCGCUUAUUAAGGAAAAACAGGACAAAGUCGAAGCUAAGGAUGAGCUUGAAGAUCUUCUCCGGGGUUUGCAGUAG